GCCUUCUGUACUAGAGGAAGAAGUCCUGGGACAAUUUUUGAAAUGACGCUGAAUGGAAAAAAUGGGUGUGAAGGGAUCGUGAAUGCUUCAGGAUAGGAAGAAGGGGACUGAAGGAAUACAGGCCACAAGCAAGAAGGGGACAGAAUGGGGAACUGCUGUCGGAAAUAUUGUGCUUGUCUGGAGCCCUAUAUGCCUUGGCUUUUCAACUGUGGGACUGAGGAUAAGUCUAACGCAACUACCAUCAAUUCGCCUGUGAAGCCAGACUCCACAGACACCAUCAGUAUAGGCAUCCCAGACCCACCGCCUCUUCAUCCAUCAAAGCAGACUUGCAAAUAUGUGGCCCUGUUUGAUUACCAAGCCCGUACAGAGGAAGAUCUGAGCUUCCGAACUGGAGAUAAGCUUGAAGUGCUGGAUAAAUCUCAAGGGAGCUGGUGGUUUGCGAGGCUGCUGGUGGAGAACGGUUCUGCUAAGCAUGGACAGAAGCGACAAGGUUACAUUCCUGCCAACUAUGUGGCUCCUGACCAGAGCAUUGAAGCUGAACCGUGGUUUUUUGGUGGUAUUAAACGAGUGGAUGCUGAGAAACGGCUGCUGUAUCCUGAAAAUCAGGAUGGAGCUUUCCUAAUCAGAAACAGCGAAAGUCUAACGGGUGAUUUCUCCCUUUCAGUACGGGAUGGGAAGGUUGUGAAGCACUACCGAAUCCGACGUCUGGACAAUGGUGGCUUUUUUGUGACGAAAAGGAAAACUUUCCCAACCUUGAAUGCUUUUGUCAGAUACUACAGUCGUUCCAGCGACGGGCUGUGCGUAAAGCUUGGGAGGCCAUGUGUAAAGACAGAAGUUCCAGCAACUUACGAUUUGUCAUACCAAACUGUGGAUCAGUGGGAGAUAGACCGAAAUUCUCUACAGCUCUUAAAGAGACUAGGAUCUGGCCAGUUUGGCGAGGUUUGGGAAGGCUUAUGGAACAAUACCACACCGGUGGCAAUUAAGACGCUGAAACCAGGUUCAAUGGAUCCAAAAGACUUCCUCAGGGAAGCACAGAUAAUGAAGAAUCUGAGACACCCAAAGCUCAUACAGCUCUAUGCUGUUUGCACUUUAGAGGAUCCAAUUUAUAUUAUUACAGAACUGAUGAGACAUGGAAGUCUGCUAGAAUACCUCCAGAAUGAUGCAGGAGCCAGGAUCCAUUUGCCACAACAGGUGGACAUGGCUGCUCAGGUUGCCUCAGGAAUGGCUUAUCUUGAAUCUCAGAACUACAUUCACCGUGACUUGGCAGCCAGAAAUGUCCUUGUUGGUGAUCACAAUGUUUACAAAGUGGCAGAUUUUGGACUUGCACGAGUUUUCAAGCUAGAAAAUGAAAAUGUGUAUGAAGCCAAACAUGAAACAAAGCUGCCUGUGAAAUGGACUGCUCCUGAAGCAAUCCGUUCCAAUAAGUUUAGCAUCAAAUCUGAUGUCUGGUCAUUUGGAAUACUCCUGUUUGAAAUAACCACAUAUGGAAAGAUGCCUUAUUCAGGUUUGACGGGUGUUCAAGUACUCCAGAGACUGGAUCAAGGGUACAGAAUCCCUCAACCAGAAAACUGUCCUCAAGAGCUGUAUAAUAUCAUGCUACAAUGCUGGAAUGUUGAGCCCAAAGAACGACCCACCUUUGAAACGUUGCAUUGGAAACUGGAAGAUUAUUAUGACAUGGAUUCUACAUCCUAUGCAGAUGCAAGUGCUUUCAUAAAAUGAAUGACACAAUCUUGCUGCUGGUCAUUUAAGUGAGGAUGACACCCCCUCCCAACUGUGUUCCAUUAGCAAAUAUGUUCCUUCUACAUUAUAAUGUCACAUUGUAGAACAUAUAUUCAUACAUACAGACACACAAUGGACCAAGGUGUGUGCAAUAUAUACACCUAACACCCCCACAGUCUGUUUCUUCCAUUGCCAAGGAAAGCAAUUCAGUUGUUAGGCUGCCAAGCCACCAAGCUACAGUAUGUAAAGCUGCUAUCUCUCUGCAGCUUUUCCGAAGUAACAUUGGGAGCAUUCUAACCUCAAAGCAGAUGAAUGGAGAGGUUAAAAUAGUGAUGAAUAGUAAUGAAUGAGUUCUUAUUAAAACCUGUGACAAUACGCCAAGAUCUUGAUGCCAUCAGUUUGUCUUAAUAGAUUAAGCAAACUGAAAGACAGGAUUUCUUAAAAUAACUUUUUGCUGUACAAUGAAGUUUCUCUUCUAUUUAUUAUUUAACAGGAGAUGGCAAAAAGCAGCAACAACACAAAUCAUAAACAGAUAGCUUCUGCACAAUAGGCAAUAAAACACUACUUUUUAUGUAUAGAAUUUAUUUGUUACUCUUCAGAUUCCACUGCUUAUCUGCUAAAUCCCAUCAAUCAGUGAUUAUGAAGGAAUGUGAUUGCUGUUAUGCACAGCAGGACCUGUGCAUCAAGAUGUUUUCUUUUUUCUCCUCUGAACAUCCUGUGGCUACAAUUUUGGUAAUGUUGCCUUGAGCGUCUUUGUUGUACAUGGAAUAAAUGUAUAUUCGCUUGAGAGGGGGGAAAACUGAUAGUAGGCUACAUAGAAAAUAUAAACAUUUGUCAGAAAUAAAGUGAUUCUUGAAAGAAGGUCUGUGUUACGGUUCGUUGAUGAGCCAGAUAUCAUAAAUGUAUGUUUUCCUGUGAAUCGCUUUAGUAAUACAUGUGAACCCAGCAUAUCCCACUGCAGCAGAUCCUUUAUUCGUUUUAGGGCUUCAUUCAUUCAUUCAUUUUUGCAUUUCUUCCAAGCAGUGCAUUGAAAUACUACGGAAGAAGUCCAAUUGAACCCACUGUUUGUUUUGCUUUUAUCUCCUCCAUGGAACGUUAUCCCUGUGUCGGCUUGCUGUGGACACCGGCAAUACAACAGAUCUGUUGGUGUUUGCACCAAUGUUGAGUGGUUGGGCCCUUCAUCCAAGGCUCCUAUUUUAUGCAGUGGCUAUGGGUAAAAUAGACUGUAUUUAUGGGAAUAUGGUAGUGCUCGAGUGCAAUACUGAUAGUGACACCUGUUUUGUCAU